ACAAUUCACUGUCAUUCAGAAUUGAAAAAUGACAGGCCAAAGCGUGAGUCUGCGAAUUACGAGGCUUUUGAAAGUUGUUUUCUUGAGUUUAUUGUUCGUUUUCACUGUCAUAAUUCUCGUGGCUACGGUGAGGACAAUUUCGUUGGAUGUGGAUACUGAGUUGAAGCUGGCACGGUGGGAGAAGACCGACCAUAUCUCCCCUAAUAUAACCAGUGAAUAUAGACAGCGGCUCAUUGCCAAUUUCAAAGAGGCGAUUCGGAUCCCCACCGUGUCGUAUUCAGAAACUAACCUCAACACCACUGCACUUGAAGAGUUCUAUCGGCUGAUGAGAAAAGCGUUUCCCACUUUGUUCUCCUCACAUUUGGUUUCGCAUGAGGUGGUGGGAGACUACAGCCACCUCUUCUGGGUGCCGGGGACCGACCUCUCCCUGGUGCCCUACAUGCUGUUGGCCCACAUUGACGUAGUGCCAGCCAAUGAGAGUGAUGGCUGGGAUGCCCCUCCCUUCUCUGCCAAAGAGAUCGAUGGCUUCAUCUAUGGCAGAGGGACCAUUGAUAACAAGCAGUCUGUCAUGGGGAUUCUGGAGGCCCUGGAGUUCCUCCUGGCGAAGGGCUAUAUGCCGCGACGAGGCCUCUACGUUGGCCUGGGCCAUGACGAGGAGGUGAACGGCCUGCAGGGGGCGGUCAACAUGGUCAGCGCGCUGAAGGAGCGCGGCGUGGAGCUGGAGUUCCUUCUGGACGAGGGACUCGCCGUGCUGGACGGCAUCAUCAGCGGCCUACACGGACCUGCGGCCCUGAUUGGGAUCAGUGAGAAGGGCCAAGCAACAGUGAAGCUGAGCGUCGCCACCGCUCCUGGACACUCCUCCAUGCCUCCAGCAGAGGGCAGUAUCGGCAUCCUCGCCGCUGCCGUCAAACGGCUAGAAGAUAACCCAAUGCCCAGGCUCUUUGGCUUAGGCCCUGAACGAGGAACAUUUGAGCAUCUGGCUCACAGUUUUGGCCUUCCCCUCAGGUUCAUCAUGUCCAACCUCUGGCUGUUCACGCCUCUGCUCAACAGAGUAAUGGAGAGAAGGCCCGACACAAAUGCCUUUGUACGGACAACUACGGCCAUCACCAUGUUUAAUUCAGGCGUAAAGGUCAAUGUUCUCCCGUCCUACGCUGAGGCCAUCGUCAACUUCCGCAUUCACUCGGCACAGACUUUGAAAGAGGUGCUGGACAUUGUAGAGGCCACUGUGGCGGACGAGCGGGUGAAGAUCUCCCUCCUGACCGGGUUCGACCCGCUGCCCGUCAGCUCCUACGGUGCCAAGGCCUUUGGGUACCAGGUCAUCAAGAAGACCGUGCUGGACCAGUUCCCACAGGUCACCAUCGCGCCAGGAAUCUGUGUGGGCAACACAGAUAGCAGACACUACACAGAGCUGACCAAAGACAUCUAUCGCUUCGCUCCGACAUGGUUCAAACCAGGAGACCCCAAGAGGUUCCACGGAGUGAAUGAGAGGAUAUCCGCUAAGAACUACGAGGAACUCGUUGUGUUCUACAUCAAACUGAUCCAAAACUGUGACAUCAGAGAUCUCCCGUCCCCCCACAGCUCAGGGCACGAGCUAUAAGGGGCCCACUGUUCUCAUUCACCACCUCAGCGUCCCCUGCCGCUCUCACAAGACCCAGCGAGCUGCAGGCUGGUGUUGUCUUUCCGUCAUGGCCAUGUCCUUACAGCCACGUCCCUGCAUGGUUAACGUCUUUCUACUGUGUGGCAGUAUUGGAGGAGCAGUUGGUAGUCUGGUAGUGAUGACCUCUUCACUACACAGAAACACAUGCCGUGUCCUCCUGUGCCCCGUACCCAUGAUUUAGUUCACAAAUGAUUAUGCUGGAAUUGAACUCGACUAAUAGCUAAUGUGGUCCUUGCACAGCAGUAUUCAACACGGUGGUGGAAUAGCACAGCGGAUAUUCCGCUCUGAGACGGGACCCUGGCGGCCUGGUUGCACUAUUGCUGAUGGAGUGAGAAUAUGCAGAUGAUUUAUAGCUAUUGUGAUUAUAAUGCAGAAGAUUUGAUUGAGUGGCACAGAGCAACCUGGAGACUGAGCAGGCCAGGUACAAUAUGUAUGUAUGUAUGUAAGUAUGUGUGUGAUUGUGUUGUGAAGAGUGACAUCUGCUCCAGGCCUUUGUGAAUCUGGAAAGGUGGUGAAGAAGUGUCCACCUCUAAUGAUCUGUAAUGAAUGCUUGAGUGAAAGGACUGAUGAUUGAUCUGUAAUGAAUGCUUGAGUGAAAGGACUGAUGAUUGAUCUGUAAUGAAUGCUUGAGUGAAAGGACUGAUGAUUGAUCUGUAAUGAAUGCUUGAGUGACAGGACUGAUGAUUGAUCUGUAUUGAAUGCUUGAGUGACAGGACUGAUGAUUGAUCUGUAUUGAAUGCUUGAGUGACAGGACUGAUGAUUGAUCUGUAAUGAAUGAAUUAGUGUGUCUAAUGUGUGAAAGGACUAGACUGAUCUGUCAUGUAUGUUUGGAUGUGCCACUGGAACAAUCGUCUCAGGUUGAAAGUCUGUUAUGUUUUCAUUUCAAUGAGUGAGUUGUGGUACUUGAUACUGGUGGUACUUUAAUAAGGGUACAAGCCCACACAUGUGCUGUUCAUCACCUUUACUUUAGAUAACGCUCUGGUUGAUUUGACGUGGAAUGACCCCUUUACUUUAGAUGCCAAACUUGGCUGUCAAUGUUCCGCGUCCAGUAAAUGCUGCCGAAUAUCAAAUCCAGUUUUCCCAUUUGGAGAAUAAAAGAAAAUAGAAUUAAAAA